AUGGAUCUGAUGCAUGGAUGGGUUGAAUCUGCAACGAUCAGGACAAAGACGAUGAGCGCGGCUGCAGGGUCCCUAGAUCUGGCCAUUUUGUUCCAAGACGCCACAGGGCUGCUGUACACAAAUGGCGGCAAGGAAGCGCGAAGAAAGAUGGAGGAACAGAGGAGUGAAGCGAGACAGCAGGAGAGAACCAUGCUCCUGCAACGGCUAAAGAAAGCUGUUCAGGGAGUGUUCGCUCUUGUCAUCAAAGCAGAGGAUGAUGAUGUUGAAGCAGACGCAAGGGGAAGACGAGAAGUGGGGUCAAAGACACGUUUGCUCUACUCAGCUACUCGGGAGGUAGUGUGGUCUGUCUACAAUAUAUUCAUGCAUGGUUUGAUCAAGACAGGAUUCAACGAGGAUCCGGUAUGGUCUCUCCUAAAACAGAUUGUGGCAGCAGUCCCUAGCAUUCAGUUGAAUCUGCUCAUGCUACAGAAUCAGCCUUCUAUCAAGACUCAGCGGGGCAAGGCUUGCGCCUUCUUGCAUAUGGCGAUUGCAGACAAGUCUCUAGAGGAAAUUAUCGAAUUCUGUGAUAUUCUGGGGCUCAAGGAGGACCGGUAUGAAGAGUGGUCCUUCAUGCGGGACCUCGAGACCCACAACACGCUGCCAACCCUCAUUGUGGGUCUGGCACAAGUGGACUUGUCGUUUGACUGGAUGGUGACGGACGAAUAUGCUACUGAGCUGAAGAGGAAGGAGCCCUGCUCUGUCUGGGGUCAUGGAGGACUCGCACCUAUACCUGAAGAAGACGAGCACCUUGUUCAACGAAGGGUACAAGUGCGGCCGGUUCGUACCAAGGCCAAGAGCAAGGUGGUCAGCAUCGACAAGAUGGACGAGAGUGAUGGACAUCUCUCGCCAGUAGAUGUGAGCAAGUUGAUCGAUUCCAUCAACCUCUCAGUGGACGUCUCGGAGGCCCUUGGGCACAUCCCAGAGAUGCAUGAAGACGAGCAGAGCAGCAGCUUCCAGUGCGAUGACAACUGUCCGAUGGUAGGCGAUUGGAACAGCACCUUCGAGGUCCCGAUGACCACGGAACCUCCGCUGGACGACAACAGGACUGUUGAUUUCAACGUUUCUCCUGUACUGCAGGAGCUGGACAGGAGUGAGAACGACUGUGACCAUUAUCUAAAUCUGGAGUCUCCGCUGACCGGGAGGAUCCAGCUGGGGCAGCAUGUGAGUUCGCUCGUCUCUGACUCUUUGUUCAGCUCACCUGCUCCUGCGAACCGCGACAACGGAGCAGGUUCAGAGAUAGUUAACGAUCGCACUGUACAUAAGGAUGAGAUUGAGGAGAACCAUGAAUCGAGCGAUUAUUCUUGGGAACCAAAUGCUUCUCAGCUUCUAGCAGCAGGAGAUGGGACUGCUGGAAUGUUUGAAACUCCUGCUGAUCGCCGGCCUCACCUGGAGGUUUCACAAGAUUUCAAGGAGCUCGACACAGGAGCCGUAUUCUCCAUGCGCGUCAAGUCAAAGCAAGAGCAAGUGGGUCUGAAUGGUGGUGUGUGUACUGCAACACCUGACACGUGGGAGGAGGAGGAUGGGGUUUGCGAUAGAAAUCAAACAUAUCAUGGGUCUCAGGGCCAGUUGGAGUCUUCUGCUGCCCAGCACAAUAGCUCUUCCAUGGAUAGAUCGUGGGGGGAAUCAUCAAUUGCGUCAACGAGGGAUUUAUCAGACCGAGAAGUUAGCGCUGCUGCAAGAGAACCCGAUGUUCAUCGUAGCAGAGAUAGCGGGUCGGCCGAGAGCAGCACUCGCUCUCUCCGUUUUCUUGACGAGCAACCGGCGUUUGAACCAGGUCUGAUCACGACAGAGGAAGCGGCUAGUAGCAGGCUCUUCCCAGCUUCCAACGUCUGCGCUGCUUGCGGGGACAAGGUUGGCACCGGAUUCCUGGGCAACGCGAGGUUCUGCAACUACACGAGGACGUACUUCUGUCCUCGGUGCCACGUCAACGAGAAAAGUGUCAUCAUUUCCAAGGUCCUUAAACGAUGGGACUUCACUCCUCGAAAUGUCUCCAGCGCAGCCAAGGCAUACCUGCAAGGGAUCUACGAGCAGCCUCUCUUUAGCGCAGCAAUGGACAUCCCUCCAUCUCUCCAGCAGAGGGUGAAACAGCUAGAGCAGAUCAGAGACUUGAGGAGGAAAGCGAAGAUACUGCGCGAUUACGUGGUGCAAUGCUCAAACUUUCCCAACUCGCGCUGCCAGCAGGAAGACAGGAUUGCGGCUGUGCACCUGCAUGACAGGGACUACCUCGUUGCUGAUGACGACUCGCUCUCCCUGCGGGACCUAGAGGAGAUCAACAACGGCAUACUCAAGACGUUCCUGGAGUCGACGAUCGAGCCAUGGAUGGAGCAUGUGACGAGGCGCUGCUUGCUCUGCAGGGAGAAGGGAUACGUCUGCGAGAUUUGCAACUCCAAGGAAAUCAUCUUCCCCUUCGAGCUGGAGAAGGAGGUGCUUGCGGAUCGAAAAGAUCAAGCAGAAGAAACAGCAGACAAAGUGAUCGUGCGGCAGGGCCCAAGUUCGCAGUGCCCGCCGGGUCAGCUCAACUUGUGA